GGUAUCUUAUCAGCUGUCAGCUGUUUAGGUUGUUGUUGCAUUCAUAGUUAUUCGUUUUUAUUUUCAAUCUGCCUGUUAUGCUUGUGUUUUUAACGUAGUGGUUUUGUUAUGUUAAAUUUCAAAAUGUCUAAAACAAAAAAUCCUAAGAGCCUUUACAACUUGUGCAUAAAUAUUGCUGUUGUGGAUUGCUUAACGUUAUGCAAAUUCUGCAAAAAGGACUUCAGAAUUUUGCCAAAUAAUGUUUUGUUUGAUUUUUAUUAUAAGAUGUACAUUGAAGAUGGAUUGUGGUUGUUAGGAUUAGAAUAUAGUGAAUUGGAAGUGUUCAGUCGAAUGCUAAAGGUUAAGCACAAUAGAACUAAACUUCUUAAAAGUUUUCAAUCAUUAAUAAAACGUGAUUCUAAUAUCAUGUAUGAACUGAUAAAGGGCUAUGCAAAACUUAAAUUACAUCCAGAAACAAUAAAUUUCAAGACCAUAGAACUAGGAUUACAAUUAGGAACAUUCUUUAAUGAGGGUGGAUGGUAUAGUUAUGCAAUUCAAGUGUUGGAUUAUGUGGAAGAAAUGUGUAGACAAAUGGAACAAACUACUGAAGUUUUAUGUAAAUUAUUAGAAUGUUACCAAAAACGUUUACAAGCAGAAGCUACAUUCUGCAUGUUCAAAGAAGCUGAGAAAACAUAUAAUUUAGCUAACCUGCUUGUUAUAGAAUUAAAACAGUUAAAUGCUCUACCAAACUUGUCUAGCCUUUAUGCUCUAUUUUCUGCAUUAUUUUUUGUAAGAAGUGAGUAUGAUGAGGCUUACAGUUGGGCGAAAAAUUCUCUAUUACUUCUUAAGGACAAUUUACCAACAAGGAUCAUAGUGGAAGUGCUAAGACAGGCGUCAAAAUCGUGUGUCGUAAAGCGACGUUUUGAUCAAGCUGGACUCCUAAUCAGACAAGCCGUUUCACUUGCGUCUAAACUAUAUAAAACUGAUGAGCAUCCGUCCUAUUCAGACACAUUAAUAGACUACGGUUUUUUUUUGUUAAAUUUCGAUUCCAUACAGCAAAGUGUUAAAGUUUAUGAGAAAGCGUUAUCAAUAAGAAAGGAUGUUUUCGAUAGCGAUAAUAUUCACGUUGCCAUCGGCUACGAAGAUCUCGCUUACGCCCUUUACGUGAACGAAUACAGUAGCGGACGAUUUAACGCAGCAAGUGAAAACAUUGAGGCAGCUAUUAAAAUAUUCGAACGUAUAUUACCCAAAGAUCAUCUGAUGCUCGCGUCCGCGAAAAGAGUAAAAGCCCUAAUUCUUGAAGAGAUUGCCCUGGAUUUACGCGACUUGACAAAUCCUUGUUCUCAAGAAGAGCUUCUUGCUGAGUCCGAGAGGCUUCACAAAUCCGCCCUUGCCCUAUCCCAUGCCGCCUUCGGUGAACGUAAUGUGCAAACCGCAAAACAUUACGGAAACCUUGGUAGGUUGUAUCAAAGUAUGAUGGAAUAUGAGGAAGCCGAAAAAAUGCAUUUAAGGGCAAUCGCGAUCAAAGAAGAACUUCUAGGACCCGACGACUACGAGGUGGCACUUAGUAUAGGUCACCUCGCGUCCUUAUACAACUAUCAUAUGAAACGGCACCGAGACGCGGAAAAACUUUACAAACGCUCUAUAGAAAUUAAUCUACGACUCUUCGGAGAUUCGUAUUCUGGACUGGAAUACGAUUAUCGCGGACUUAUAAAUGUCUACACUGAACUGCACGACAUUGAAACGAUGCUUCAUUACACGCAGUUAAUGCGUGAGUGGAAGUGUAAAAGAGACGUGCAGGUGCCUAUCAAGAUAUAUCCUGAUAGCGUACAACCACUGCACGUGGUUAUUCAAAAAUUCUUUGACCUCUGCUGAUUUCAUUUCUAUUGUGAUUAUUAUUAUAAUUUCGUUUUACUGUGAACUAGACAAAGAGAAAGAGAGAGAGAGAGAUUUUAUAUUGCUGAGACGCGCAGUGUAGCAUGUUGGGAAGGAAGUUAGUCUUGUUUAAUACGGCAAUGGCGAUAAUUUUUAUCAAAAAAGAAGACAGUGCAUAGAAAAACUUGAACUGUACGCUCGAUAUAGUAUAGUUGUAAUUCUAUUAAAAUAAAAACAUUAUCUACUAACUAAUUAAUUGUAGACUUUCUAAUUUUAAGUAUAAAGAUGUUUCUCGAAUAUUCAAUUUGUAACGAAAGAAUGGAUUUUCAUGAAUUACUGCCAUAACUGACUAAAUGCGGUUAUCCCUCGGUGGUCAGAUUUAAAAGACUUAGCUAUAGCAUAUAUGUUAAUUUUAUUUUGUAGUUAUUACUUUUAUCAUACAAUUUCACUGGUUUAAAAUUGUUUCAAACAAGAUAAACUCCCUUUCGCGGUUGUUGAUUAUUAUUAGAUAGAUGUAUAGAUUAGGAUAAUCCUUAUUUUGAUUAUUUUUAAAUUUAAAUGUAUCAAUAUCAUUUGCAAAAUGUUGAUGUACUUAUAUUAAAAAAUUGUUGCUAGCAACAAAUAUAUAUUUUUUUAAUUCGUUUUAUUGCUUACUUAUGGCGUACUGUUGAAAUAAUUAUAUUUAAGUUUUUUUAAUACUGUAAGAAAUAAUUCUAUAUUUUGAACACAAUAUUUGCAACUUUUUUGUAUGUAUUUACUUGAAUGACAGAGAUAUUCAGAAUAAGGAUAAUUCUAACGAAUGUGUAUAUACAUGUAGUAAUUUUAAGAAAUAAGUUUUUAAUCAUUGUAAUCUGCCUUACAUUUUCUUCGUAUUUGCUGAGACUACUAACUUAUAAACAUUUGACAAGGAU